AUGAAUCACCCUCGGCAGCUGGCGCAGUCCGUAGCGCAGGCAGGUUCCUCGCCAUGGGCCUGCUUCUUCUGUCAGAAUGCCCGUCAGCAGACACGGCGCCUUGACACGUCGAGCCUUCGCCGCAAGCUUUCCAGCACGACAGCCCGCCGGGCGCAGCCUCAGCAGCACGACAACACACUGUCGAUGGAGCGAAUUCGCGCGCACUACAAGAAAAAGAACCGGACCGUCAUGAACUACACCAUGAGCGCGAUAUUGGGCACCGUGGCCCUGUCAUACGGCUCAGUGCCGCUGUACAAGAUGAUCUGCUCGCAAACCGGCUGGGGCGGGCAGCCGAUCCGCGUCCACGGCGGCCCGGGCUCCGCCGAGCAGGACAUUUCCGCGCGCGUCGUGCCCGUGACGACGGCCAAGCGAAUCCGCGUCACCUUUAACGCCUCCGUGUCCGAUGUGCUGCCGUGGAAGUUUGUACCGCAGCAGCGCGAGGUGCGGGUGCUGCCCGGCGAGACGGCGCUCGCCUUCUACACGGCCACGAACCAUGGCGACAAGGACAUCAUCGGCGUCGCGACGUACAGCGUGACGCCGGCGCAGUGCGCGCCGUACUUUAGCAAGAUUCAGUGCUUCUGCUUCGAGGAGCAGCGGCUCAACGCGGGCGAGACGGUCGACAUGCCCGUCUUCUUCUACCUCGACCCGGACCUGCUCAAUGACCUCAACAUGAAGGGCGUCGAGACGGUGACGCUCAAUUACACCUUUUUUAAGGCCCGCUACGACGACAAUGGUAGAUUCACUCCUCCUGCCACACUGUAA